AAUUCCCAAGAUAAAUGGCUAUUCUAUGCAUCUAUGUUUCUUCCCUCUGACCAUUUUUUAUUUAUUGUUGUCGUAACAAUAAACCUUUUUCUGAAACCAUGCAUAUUAUUUUGGUAGUAUUAUAAUGUUCAAUGGAUCUGCAAUUCAUCUCUGCCUCUGCAACUCUCAGAAUUUCAUGCUCUCAAAUAAGGAUCUGGAGCAGAAAUUGUAGAUCCUGAAAUUUUCCCUGUGUAGAGUUUGGGCCUAAGUUAGAGUUUGUGAGAGAAAACUUUGAGAAUGAGAUACGUGGAGGACAAAGGGUGCUACAACAACAAUGGACCAACACAAGAGACUCCAAAUAGCAGUGCCAUGUACUCAGAGUUUCACAAAGGAAAAGAUGCUACUCGUGUCUCCAACCACCAUCAUCGAGCAACCAUGGGAAAACCAACCCCUUCCAAGUGGGAUGAUGCACAAAAAUGGCUCGUGGGGUUGUCAAAAGGUGGAGAGAAAAGCCACUCCAAAAGCAAGCCAAGAAACUCAAACGCAGAUGAUUUGAGACUCAUAGCUCCUGUGCCACAGAAGGAGCAUGAUUACUCAAGUAGUGAGAAGGAAGAGGAGGAAAAUGAUGCUUGCCAUGAUUUCAUGACUAAUAUUAUUAGUGCUAAUGCUAUUGCUGCUCAAUAUGAAGCUGAAGCCAAAAGGGUAGAAUGUGAUGAGUCAAAUUGGGGAAGCAAUAAUAAUAAUAAUGACAACAGGUUUUCAGGAAACACAAUCCAAGUACAACCAAUAUGUUUCAGAGACAUGGGGACUGAGAUGACACCGAUUACUAGCCAAGAGCCUUCAAGAACUGGGACACCAAUUAGAGCCACAACUCCUGCUACUAGAAGCCCAAUUCAUUCAGGGACUUCAACUCCAAUGAGGGGUCAAAAUGGGUUGCAACAAGUUGCUGAGGGUGGCCAUGGCACUACUAGGAAGUGUGGAGAUCAAGGAUCAACAAGCCCUUGCAAGAAGACUCAUGAAGAUCAUCAAGCUAGAAAAUUGAGUCCUCUAGAAAGCCGUGCAAUGGCUUGGGAUGAGGCAGAACGUGCCAAAUUUAUGGCCAGGUUCAAGCGUGAAGAGGUGAAGAUUCAAGCCUGGGAAAAUCACCAGAUAAGAAAAGCUGAAAUGGAAAUGAAGAAAAUGGAGGCUGAAGAUGAUGGCUCAUCUUUUCAUGCCCUGUUAGCAACGGGAAAAAGCUCAUGAGUAGAGAAGAGUUGAAAGGUCUGUGAAAUAGACUGACAAAGAGAAUUAUUCCUGAAAAGAAACCAUGGCAUGGCAGGGAUCUUUGAUCUUCCAUUUUUAUAUUUCUUCCGGGAUUCUUUCCCGAUGCAGGGAAUAGAAUUGAAAAAAUAUUUAUAUUUGAAACUCGCUCGAGUUGUCAUUAAUCCACUGAAAUUGCUCAAGGGUUUUUAAGUAAGGUAAGUACUCUCUGUAAUUGAUAGCUUCAAACCAGUACUCUUCUGAUUCAUAGUUCCUAUGUGGUACUGAUAGAACCUCCUCUAGGUAGCAGACAUGCAUUGCUUUCACGAGUAAGGCUAUGGUUUGAGGCAAAAGUUACUUUUCACUGCA